AUGUCUUUCAGUCGCGCAUGGAGACUCCCUAUCUUGUCGACGCCUCAUAGCACGAAGGCAAGCCAUGGCAACUUACCGUUCAAUGGCAGUAGCCAGUCAUUCAGCCGCGGCUACCGCGCUGGUAGCACCAGGAAUCGACUGUCAACUGUUUGGGUCCCUACCGGAGGAAUGACACCUGAACGAGGCGAAGGCGCCUAUGAAAAGCUUGUUCGCGCCGGAUUCUUGCGACAGUCACACUCUGGCAUUUUCCAUCUACUUCCUCUUGGCCAGCGUGUCCAACGGAAACUCGAGAGCGUCAUUGACUAUUACAUGCAAGAACUCGGAGCCUCGAGAGUAGCUCUGUCAACCAUUACGUCCAAGGACCUCUGGGAGAGGAGUGGCCGUCUUACACAACUAGAGGCUGAGCUCUUCGGCUUCGAGGACCGCAAAGGGUCCAAAUACAUGCUGUCGCCCACCCACGAAGAAGAGAUUACUACUCUAGUGGCGAAGACUGUGAAAUCCUACAAAGAACUGCCCCUUCGCCUCUAUCAGAUCACGCGCAAAUUCCGUGACGAACUUCGUCCGCGCCAUGGACUACUAAGAACCCGCGAGUUCACCAUGAAGGACCUCUAUACUUUUGAUGUCUCCGCGAAUUCGGCCUUAGAGACCUAUAAGAAGGUCCAGUCGGCAUACACCGGCGUUUUCAAAGCACUGAAGCUGCCGGUGAAAGUAGCCAAAGCGAGCUCCGGCGACAUGGGAGGCGAUCUGAGCCAUGAGUAUCACUUGCCCACCUCAAUUGGGGAGGACACUCUGGUCACCUGCAAUACUUGUAGCUACGCUGCUAACGCCGAGGUCGCCGAGCCAAGGACAGCGGCCGUCGACAGCACAGGACCAUGCGGUCCGACUGAAGCCCCAAGUCCCGCAUCUGCUUCAAUAAGGGUGUGGCGAGGCAUCAGUAAAGACCGCAAGACCUUGGUGAAUGCCUGGUAUCCAGGCCAAAGCCAGGAUGAAUCUAACGGAGAGAAAGAUCUCAGGAUUUCGGCCAUCAAGACAAUUGUCGCUGAUCUGGAUGCAAGCACUGAGAAUGCCGUAUCACUGUGGCGGGCAGCUAUUACAUCAACGAGUUCUAGCACGGACACUGCGGCCACCCGGCCCCAGAUCAUUAACAUCAUACACUCCACAUUGACCAGCAACCUAGAAGAGGUUCUACGAGAAGAAAGUAAAUCAUCGCCUUUGUCAGGGUUGGAUGUUCCCGAGGAUGGAGUAGACUCAACCAUCAUUACCAGAACUCAAGUUGGACAACCAAUCCACCUGCUCGCGGCUCGCGAUGGCGACAGAUGCCCUUGCUGCGACAGUGGCGUUCUCGAGCUGCAGAAGGCGCUGGAGCUUGGGCACACAUUCUACCUAGGAACUCGAUACUCGGAGCCACUCGAUGCAACAGUAUCCGUACCAACUCGUGCGAAUUCAAGUCAGCACGAUGGUCCGCCAGCUUUGGCUGAGGAAAAGACACCUAUGCAGAUGGGGUGCCAUGGAAUUGGCGUCUCCCGACUCAUAGGGGCCGUAGCUGAGCAUCUGACAGACACGAAGGGCCUACAAUGGCCGCGCGUGAUUGCCCCUUACGAAGUCGUGGUGAUUUCCACUCCUACUCUAGCUGAAGAUGCUAGUCAAGUGUAUGAUGAGAUCGCCACAGGGGGCAUUGACACGGUGCUGGAUGAUAGGUCGGCGUCCUUCGGUUGGAAGCUGAAUGACGCAGACUUGGUAGGUUAUCCAGUCCUAGUCAUACUGGGUAAAGUAUGGAAAGAGACAGGUAAUUGUGAGGUCCAAUGCCGCAGAUUCGGGAUCAAAGAAAUGGUACCGCUUAGAGAGCUACGCCAGCGUGUGGCAGAGUUGCUCGAACAGCUCUGA